AUUUGAAACUCAAAGAUAUUAUUUCAAACAUUGUUCACAUCAAAACGAAUUUUAAAAUAAUGCAAUACAAUUAAUUUAUCUCAUUAAUUUAGAAGCCGAUAAUUUAGCUCUAUAUAUGAGAUCUUCUCUUCCACAACUUCCAAACUCCAUAUAAAUCCUCUCUUUUGGUUUCUUGAGAUUCUUGGCAACAAGCUUAACGGCAUCAAGAAACGGACGGUGAGAAAAUGCCUUGUCUUUACAUUACAACCAACGUCAAUUUUGACGGCGUUAACACCGAUCCGUUCUACUCGGAAGUCACCAAAGCCGUCGCUUCCAUCGUCGGACGACCUCAGAACUUAGUGAUGGUGGUGUUGAAGGGAUCAGUAGAGAUAGUGUUUGGAGGGAACAAAGAAGCAGCUGCAUAUGCAGAGAUUGUGUCAAUGGGAGGUAUCACCAAACAAGUUAAGAGAGAACUUAUCGCGACCGUUGGUUCUAUUCUUCACACUCAUUUUUCUAUUCAUCCCACUCGUUUUAUCUUUAAAGUUUUUGAUAUCAAUUCUUUACCUCUUCCUUCUAAACUGUAGUACUGUUAUGAUCUUUGUAUUGUUCAUCAAACACACAUUAUCAACUUGAUUGAUAUCAUUCAAGUUAACCAACAUAUAUGCUGUAACAUGUUUUUCUUUUCUUUAUGAGUCUUCUCUA